AUGUCAAUAUCAACAAAAAAAGUAAUCGUUAUAGCUGGUACAACUGGUGUGGGGAAAUCUCAAUUAUCUAUCCAAAUCGCUAGUCAUUUCAAUGGUGAAGUAGUUAAUUCUGAUUCUAUGCAAGUCUAUAAGGAUAUUCCAAUUAUUACCAAUAAACAUCCAUUGGAAGAACGCGAAGGUGUUCCUCAUCAUGUAAUCAAUCAUAUAGAUUGGAAAGAUGAAUAUUAUCUUCAUAGAUUUGAAAAAGAAUGUAUUGAAGCUAUUGAAGACAUUCACAGUAGAGGUAAAAUUCCUGUAGUGGUUGGUGGUACACACUAUUAUCUACAAGCAUUGUUUAAUAAAAGUGUGAAAAAGGAUCAAGAUCAAACGAAAAAUAGAAAAAUCACAAUAGAUGAACAAAAAAUUUUAGAUUCAAAUGAUUCAAAUUUAAUAUUUAAUGCUCUUAUAAAAUAUGAUCCCAAAAUAGCAGAUAAAUAUCAUCCAAAUGAUAUAAGACGUGUGAAAAGAAUGCUAGAAAUAUAUUAUUGUACAGGUAAAACACCCAGCGAAACUUUUGCUGAGCAAGAAAAUACUUUGAGAUAUGAUACUUUAUUUUUAUGUCUUUUUAGUGAUAGAGCUGCCUUAAAUAAAAGAUUAGAUAAUCGUGUUGAUAAAAUGCUAGAAUUAGGAGGUAUGGAGGAAAUCGAGCAGUUAUAUAAAUACUAUAAAGAAAAUAAUUAUUCGAUUGAUCAGUGUGAAAAUGGGGUAUGGCAAGUAAUUGGAUUUAAGGAGUUUUUACCGUGGCUAGAAGAUAAAGAUAAUGUUAAAUUAGAAGAUUGCAUUGAAAGAAUGAAAAUCAGAACAAGACAGUAUGCUAAAAGACAAGUAAAAUGGAUUCGUAAUAUGUUGAUCCCUGAUAUAAAUGGGGACAUUUAUUUAUUAAAUGCAACUGAUUUGGAUCAGUGGAAUACUUUAGUAUCAGAAAGAGCUUUGAGAAUAACGACCGAUUUUGUAAAUAAUAAUAGCAUUUCGGAAGCUCAUGCUCCACCUGAGCUAGAAAAAUUGCUACCAAACUUGGAGAACACUACCAAACCAGAAGGACAUUUUAGUUGUUCUAUAUGCCGUAACAGUGACAAUUCUGAAUUAACUGUUAUCGGUAAAGAUCAAUGGAAUAUUCAUUUGAAAAGUAGAAGACAUAAACAUAACUUAAAUAGAGGUGCAAAACUUGCUGCAUAUGAGAAAUGGAAGGCACAAAACGGUUCUAAAAUAGAAAAUGAAAGGGAGAAUUAA